CCCACUCCCACGUGCCAACAAUAGACGCCAUUUUUGUGAAUUAUCUAAACCAUAAGGGUAAUUUGUAAUCCAAAAUUUCCCCUCUUCACUGUUUAGCCGUCUUCUCAAAUCGUCCUUUCCCAAUUCAGUCUAAACCCUAAAGCUUCAAUCUUUCCAAAAUUCCAGACUUACCAUGGCCUUAAGAAUCCAAUUCUUAUUCCCAAAUACGCUCUCUGAACCCCUAAAAUCCCAAACUCAUCCCUUCUCGUUUCCAACAGCAACCCAUUUCACCAAAAGAAUCAAAACCCAAAUCCCAUGCGCCAAAAGAAGAAUCAGCGAUGCUGAUCUUGCAUCAGAUUUGGCUACAGAAGUGGCAAGGAUAAAUGCCGAUUUAGCUCAAAGAGAAGAGGCUAUGAAAAAGAGCAAGGAGUUACUCUUUAUUGAGCUCUGCCACUAUCUGGCUAUUGAAAAAGAGGAAGUGAAGAGGAAGUGGAGCAAAAUAGAUCAACAGGAGAAAUGGGUUUUGCUUGAAGGGUUUGUUAAUGAAUGGGGAGUCAAUUUUCACCCUUUGUCCAUUAGGUCUAUUAGAGAAAUGAUUGAUGAGUACUUGAAUGAAGAAAAGACUGCUGCUUCAAAUUCUUCUGAUUUAUUUCCUGGUUUGAAGAGGAUGAUGGGGUUUUCUUAAAAUAAGUGAAUUUGCUUUGUUUUUUUUGAGAUUAAAUGAAAUGAAGUUGUAAUGUAGUAGAGAGACAAAUAGAAAAUUUAAUUGGUGUGUACUAAUUCUUUUUUUGUUAUCAAUUUGAUUGUUUUUUAAGUUUUAGAUUGAAUUUGGUAUAUCUUAUAGAUAUAGAACUAUAGAUCAAUAAAUAAAUUUCUCUGACCACGAGAUUGGUCGGUGAAAGUCCAGGCUUUUGUA